AUGGUAACAGUUCGAAUACAAUUGAAAGGAUUAGGUAGAAUUUUUUUAAUAACAGAAAAUAUGUCUUCAACAACUGACAUUGGAAGUAUGAGAGCGUUGUAUAAAAAUAGAGAAAAUACAUUUACAGAAGAUAAUUUAGUGUCUAAAGAACCAUUUGAUCAAUUUAAAAGUUGGUUCGAAGAAGCUCGAGCAACGCCAGAAAUAUUAGAACCGAAUGCAAUGUGUUUAGCUACUUGUGCAAAAAAUGGACAACCAUCGGCUAGAUUUGUUUUACUUAAAGGAUUCGGAUCGGAAGGAUUUAAAUUUUUUACAAAUUCAUGCAGUAGAAAAGGUUUGGAAAUAAAUGAAAAUCCAAAAGUUGCUUUGGUUUUUUAUUGGGAACCAUUGAGGAGAUCUGUUAGAAUCGAAGGAGUUAUUGAAAAAUUACCAGAUGAAGAAGCGACAGCUUAUUUUCAUUCGAGACCAAAAGACAGUCAAAUCGGUUCUGCAUUAAGUAAUCAAAGUCAACCUGUUGCCAGUAGACAAAUUUUACAAAAUAGAGAAUUAGAAUUUCAAAAAAAAUAUGCAGAUCAAGAUUUUAUACCAAAACCUAAAGAAUGGAGUGGUUUCAUAGUUAAACCUCACAGUAUAGAAUUUUGGCAAGGACAAAGUGAUCGUAUACACGACAGAAUUCGUUUUCGAAUACAAAAUAAAAAUGAUGUUGUCGACAAUGUUAUGUUACAUCAAGGAAUAAACGGAUGGGUUUAUGAAAGACUUCAACCUUGA